CCCAUUAAAUGAACGCUCCUAUUGUGGAGCGAGAGUCCGAAAGAUAGGAAAGUGCUAGCUGUGGUUCUCUCAUCACAGCCACUAGGGGAUUAUCUAUCAGAAUCCAUAAUAUUAGUCUGUGUCGAAUAGAAGUAAAAUUAUGGAAAGCUCUCUAUUUCUCAUCAUCUGAAGCUCCAUGUCCAUCUUCCUUAACCGAACCGGCAACCAUGGCUCCGAACAGCUAUGCAAAGUUUCAUGCCAGUCUCCAGCCCAUCUCUUCAUCUCUAUUCAAAACCAAAGCAACUUCACUCACAAUAGCAAGCACUUCGAACGAAAGCUCCCGUCUCGAUCCUCAACAAUCCUCAGCAGGCAAAAUCAAGCGCCUCGUUCUGAGCCCAGAAGGCAGAACCAAACUUAACAACUCCUCAGACAGAGACUUCUACGCAUACCCACGCUUGGUGAAGCACGUCGACGAUGGCUUCAUUUCUACACUCACCAAUGUUUACAGGCAGAGGUUGAGGCCUGAGAUGCAAAUUCUUGACCUCAUGAGUUCUUGGGUUAGCCAUCUUCCCAAUGACGUCAAUUACAAGAGAGUAGUGGGUCACGGCUUGAAUGCUCAAGAACUGGCCAAGAAUCCCAGGCUGGACUUCUUUGUUGUGAAGGAUCUCAAUGAAGAGCACAAGUUUGAAUUCGAGAGCUGUAGUUUCGAUGCAGUGUUGUGCGCCGUUAGUGUUCAGUAUCUGCAACAACCAGAGCAGGUUUUCGCGGAGGUUUUUCGAAUACUAAAGCCAGGAGGAUUGUUCAUGGUGAGUUUUAGCAACAGAUUGUUCUAUGAGAAAGCCAUAAGCGCUUGGAGGGAUGGCACUGCGUACAGUAGGGUACAGCUUGUGGUACAGUACUUCCAAUGCGUGGAAGGCUACACAGAGCCUGAGGUUGUUCGCAGGUUGCCUUCUAAGGAUGACGCUAAGGACAGCGAUUCCCCUGUGGGUUGGAUCAUGAGGCUUUUUGGACUAAUGUCAGGAUCAGACCCCUUUUAUGCAGUCAUUGCUUACAGAAACUUCAAACCCGUAUAUGACUGAAUCAAUACGAAGCCCUCUGCACCUGUUGGAUUGCUAUUAUCUGCGGAUACAUAUGUUGUCUGCUGUUAUUUGUCACUGUUUUAAGUUGAUGUGCACUUACCCCUGUUUUUCUGGGCAGAUUGGAGAUAGGAAUAGUAGAAAGCGGGAUUAAAUACAUUGUCAGGCGUGAGUGCUCUGCUUUGAAGGGUAAAUCCAGGAAAUCGAUCGCAAAAAUAGAACAAAGCGUUUUGUAAUCAGCAUAUAUAUCAUUUUAAAGCUAAUUAAUGAAAUUUGUAAUGAAGUACCAUCACACAAGACAGGGUAACAAUAGAAGAUUGAGUUUAGAUUGCCUGGAAGGGUUAAGUUUAUAACAUGUUUCUAAAAUAAUAAAGAGAAUAGAGAGAAGUAUAAAAAAUUAUUAAUGGUGACACCUGAGAAGAUUUGCUUCAUAUUCACCCUAGAAGUUACAAACUAAGGGUUAGCACGCUGUAGCUUAUAGGUACAUCCAUCAAAAGUUACGAAGUAUACUUACAAAAACUGCGUACAAGCUUUUCUAAAGCUAAGCCACUUAGUGGACCAUCAUCAUUUGUCACCAGAAAAUUUCUUCUCAUUGCUACCGAAUUAAAAGAAC